CCUGGUCCAGGACAACAAAGGAUAUCUUUUUUCGCCGCAAUCAACAGGUCUCUCUCAAGCGGCACUAUUUUCUCCAUCCAAACAACUUUUAUUUUUCCAUCACGCCAUGUUUCCCUCACACAGACCGAAAAUAUUCCGAUCGCGGCUUGGCUGUUGUAUUUGCAAAGCUAAAUCUUCCAGCUCAAGGUUUACUUCUUCGGCCAAAUACGAACACCAUUUUGAAGGGUGCUUUGCUUUGACAGAAAAGCGACAAGGAGAAAUUUGCAAUGCUUGUGUUUUGCUGGUAAAACGAUGGAGUAAACUCCCUCCUGGUACAGAGAAAAACUGGAAGCACGUUGUGAAUAGUAAAGCCACCGUUAAGAGAAAUAUCAAACCUAGAAGAGCGUCCAGACAAAAUCCGAUCGAAAUUGAUGACAAAUUAGACCACGAGGACGAAACACCGAUAACUCGUGAUAGUGGUUCACCAGAAAUUGACGAUGCCCAAGCUGAUGAUGAGGAGGAGUGCCUGUCACCCACCCUGGCCUGCGUUUCGCCAAGCCCCACCCCUAGUGAAAUAUCCGAGGAGUAUGCCAACUCCAACAGCUCCUCCAAUAACAAUAACAAUAACAGCAACAACAAAGAUGUCACCCAGGUGACAUCCACAGGGUGUCAAACAUCUUUUCUCUUCCCGACACUGUCUUCCUCCACCAAGCUUCCUUAUAUUGACCUUUCUUUGUGGAGAAGAGAGGAAAUCUGCUGCGGAACAAUCUUCAGGGGCCCACAUGGGGAAGUUUUAGUUGAUCCUAAACUACUGAAGCCCCUUUGUACAUGUUCAACAAGUCAUAGUUACACCAAGAACACUUUUCCUAAAGUAGUGAAAUAAUAAGAGUCAUCAUGCAACAUAGCAAACACAGCUUUAAAAGGAUA